AAGACUCUACCCCUGAGUUCGAAGCGGAGAUCAGCGGAGAUGAUUGCCACAACGGUGUGUUUUUACCUGGUGCUGUUGGCCAUAUUAAUGGCGUUCCUUUCCCCAUCGGCAGAUGGUUGCUUCAUUCUGUUGGCCUGUCUGUUGAGGUCCCCUUACUGUCCGUACAACACCACAUCGUCUGGAUAAUAGAGUAUACAUUUUAUUUUUGCCCCUUCCCACGCCAAAUAAAUACUACUAUGCCUUAACAAAAUUAUAUUAUCAUAAUAAAUGUACAAUUGCUACUUA